CGAACGCAACUCCACGCAAAAAAUAAAUUUAAAAAAAAAACAACGAUACUACACAAGAAAUAACAAUCUCCUGCUCUUCGAAAUACAUUCAACAUCACCGAUAUGCAACUGCAACGACUUCUACUGGCCAUCGGAUGGAUAUUGGCGCUGCUGCUGGCACAGGGCAGCCCAGGGGCGGAGGCGCGUCGCCUAAUCUUCUACAGUCCAAACAGCAAGACGCUCACUGGCCAGCUGCUCGUCUCCAGUCGCAUGAAGCGACCCUGUCCGGCUGGCAAAAUGCGGGAUCAUCGCGAUCGCUGCCGGCGUGCUGUCAUCUUUGUGCGGAACCAGUAAACAUAACCCUCCCGAAUCCCUGCGCAACAAUUUCUUUUACUAAUUUUAAAUUGUUUUUUUUUUUCUCGCUAAUUUAUUGCCAUUUUGGUUGUAGUCAUGUAGACAUCUUGUUACUAAUAUGUGUAAUUUAUUGUAAUUUCUAAGCAGUAGUAAUAAGCGUCCCAGAAGCUAAGUACAUAUUUAAACGUAUAUGUAAACUCGAUUGUACAUAUGCAUGUACACAAAUAAAUCAAAUUAUCCACGUUAAGUCAUAA